AGAUCGUUUACAUCCAUCCUGCAACUAUUGAUAUUUCAUUUGAUUUGACAUAACUAAGUUUUUCAUCCAUUGGGAAGUACAGAUCGAGCUUUGUUUUAGAUAUGGCAGGAUAUCGGCAACGCGUGAUCAGAACGAUGUCCAGUACCUCAUCAUCCAUGGCCUUCAUCACUCUGGUUUUUGUGCUGGUGUUUCUGAUUGUCCUAAUGUGCAUGGCUGACUCCCAGUCAAUUGUGGAGACCCUACCAGGAUUUCCCGGAAAACUGCCUUUCAAACUUGAAACUGGAUACGUGGGUGUUGGGGAAGCAGACGAGGUUCAACUAUUUUACUACUUCGUUGAAUCCGAGAGGAACCCAAAGAAGGACCCUUUGUUACUUUGGCUGACAGGAGGCCCCGGUUGUUCUUCUUUCACUGCAUUUGUUUACGAAAAUAUUGGACCACUUAACUUUAAUUAUGAAGAUUUGGACGGGAAUCUACCAACCCUUUUGUUGAACCCAUAUUCAUGGACACAGGUUGCCAGCAUUAUAUUCUUAGAUGCUCCGGUUGGCUCGGGAUUCUCAUAUGCAAGAACCUCCCAAGGUUAUAAUAUCACCGAUACAAUCUCAGCGGCACAAACCUAUCAGUUCCUGCGGAAGUGGCUGAUAAAUCACCCACAAUUCCAGUCAAAUGCACUUUACGUAGGUGGUGAUUCUUAUUCAGGCAUUGUCGUUCCAAUCAUCGUUGAAGAAAUAUAUAAUGGCAACAAAGUCGGAAAGGAGCCCUACCUGAAGCUCGAUGGAUACCUACUUGGCAACCCAGUAACAGAUCGUCGUGGUGAUGUCAAUGCAGAAAUCGAAUAUGCUUAUCGUGUGUCACUUAUAUCUGAUGAACUCUAUGCAUCAUUGAAAGAAAGCUGUCAGGGCGAGUAUGUGGUCGUAGAUCCAGCAAAUGUACAAUGUGUCAAAGAUCUUGCAGCAUUCGAGGAUGUGAGAAAAUUAUUAUUCAUUUGAGUUGUUCUUUUUUACCAUAUUUGAAGACAGAAAAUAAAAUUCAGUUUCAGUUUUAUAAUGAGCAUUAAUUCAGAAAGACUGACUGAGUUGGCGUAUAAUGAUCUGCAUGUAGUGCAUCGCCAAUAUUGAUGUUGCAUAUAUUUUGGAACCUAAUUGCGCUCUAAUCUCUC